AUGGCGAGACCCCAAGAUACGGCUUUGGCCCGAUUCUAUGGCCUCCCUAAGGUGCACAAAGACGGCGCUCCUCUCCGACCCAUCGUGUCGCUCAAAGGGACUCGAACGUACGGACUGGCUAAGUGGCUGUUCCGGCGUCUCAAGUUCCUGACCGCUGAGUCAGACUUCACGGUCUCUUCGUUAGCUCAAUUCCUGGAGAAUCUCAAAGAAGUAAGCAUCCAUCCAAAUGAGGUCAUGGUAUCUUUUGAUGUUAUAUUCCUUUUUACUUCUAUUCCCCAGGACCUGGCGAUCGGGACAAUUGAACUGCUACUACAAAGCAAAUAUGAUGAAACGGAGAACCGUCUUGGACACGCCCAAAUCCUUCAGCUCCUGAAGCUCUGGCUCAGGGCGUACUUCACGUUCAACUGGACAAUCUACGAACAGGUGAAGUGCACACCAAUGGGUUCGCCGAUUUCGGGAUUCAUCGCCGAGGCGGUCCUGCAACGGUUAGAGUCGCUGGUCUUUCAACACCACAAACCGAAAUUCUUGGCCCGGUAUGUGGAUUACACCCUCGUCGUCAUCGAACGUGAUCAGGUGUUGACAUUCCAAGAACAUCUCAACGCCGUCUUCUCGGACAUUCAAUUUACGAUGGAGGAGGAAGAGAACAACCAGCUGGCCUUCCUGGAUGUCCUCGUAUGCCGCAAAGAUUGUGGUGAACUAAAAACCAAAGUGUUCAGGAAAGCGACAAAUACGAUGCAAGUACUGAACUUCAACAGUAACUACCCAAUCAGUCACAAAAGCAGUUGUGUAAGGACGCUCUAUCGGCGUGUCGAAACGCAAUGCAGUGAGCCGGAAGAAAAAAAUGACGAACUACAAUACCUCCGACGGGUCUUCAAAGCCAAUGGCUACCCGCGCAAAUUCGUCAACCGGUGCAUACGCAAAUGGGGCUAAAGGCCUAACCGCACGGACACCAAAUCUUGGCGGGCACUUCCGUAUGACAAGAACGUUUUGGAAGCUGUCGGCCGCCUUCUCGCAUCACUUGGGGUUGGAGUGGCACACAGACCGGAGGCAACCAUCUAGCGUCGGGUCAUGAAACUAAAAGACCCACUUCCACGGCUAGAAACUUCUGGAGUCGUUUAUCGGAUCUGGUGCAGUUGCGGACAAAGAAAUUACGUCGGAGAAACCGGAGGACAGCUCCAAACGAGAAUGGCCGAACAUGCGGCAGCGGUGCGCAGAAAUGACGCCAGCUCUCAAGUUGCGGCUCAUUCGACGAGAUCCGGCCACACAUUCAAAUUCGAUGAGGCCGAAAUUCUCGCAAGAGGUGACAACCGAGUGAGCCGGGAGCUACUGGAAUCAUGGUUUACUGGCCCCCAGUCCAUCAACAAGCGCAACGAUCUUUCCACUUCAUACUGCGUGCUACAAUUUCGCCUAGGCGGAGUAACGAGCCAUGCGGGGAGCGCAGAGGUGAACACUUUUCCCAACACGUGGUCGGUGCGUCAGAUGGUUAAGCAAUCAUCACGCCAACAUCCAACGCACGUGAUGAAAUUGCAGCAAUUAUCGACUCGAAUGUCGGUCAUCAAGCAGUGAUCACACCAAGUGCGACGAUCCCGGAUGAAGGGGGGAGCCGUGAAUGUUCAUAGGUAUGCGGUAGCAUGGCUACUGCAUCCUAUAAAUAUCGCAGCUCCUUGUGCAGCAACCACCCGGUUCUGCUUUUUUGUCUCUGAUGAUGGAUUCGAGUAGAAAUCCGAAACGUCAGGCUAAUAAAGCUCUUGUCCCGGAGAUCGUGUCUCCUUCUUCAAAACAAAGCCUACUUUUGCGCGAGAUGCAGGACGCCUGGGUUGCUUGCUCUCCGCGAUUAAAACUGUCUACGUUCCGCCAGCUAAAGCCUUUUCUCCUCCUCUCAGCCUAGACAGCAGUUCCUUACUCAAUGCGAAAACAUAAAUUAUACAGCGAUGGGCCGAACACUUCCGAGGCGUCCUCAACCUCCUCUCCUCCAUCUCCGGCGCCGCCAUCGCCCGUCUGACGCAAGCGGAGACCAACGUCGACCUCGGCCUUCCGCACGCUCUCCAGGAAACCAUCAAGAACGUGCAACAUCUCUCCAGGGGAAAGUGCCCGGAUCGGACGUGAUCUCUGCUGAGGCCUGCAAGCACGGUGGCCCCCAACUCAUGAAUCACCUGACAGCGCUUCUCCAGGAGAUGCCGCGCAAGGAGAACUUCCGCAAGAUUUCAAGGACGCCACAAUUGUGUAUCCCUACAAGCGAAAAGGAAACCGCCAGCUCUGCGACAAUCCUGAUAAACAUCGCCGGGAAGAUUUUCGUCCGCAUCCUCCUCGACCACCUGAACAAAUAUCUGGAGCAGAGUCUCCUGCCGGAAAGCCAGCACGGCUUCUGUCAUCCUCGGGAGACCACCGGCAUGAUCUUCGCCCUCCGCCAUUUGCAGCGGAAGUGUAAGAAGAUGCGGACCCACCUGUAUUCCACCUUCUUGGAUUUGACGAAAGCCUUCGACAAGGUGAAUCGUAAAGGACUGUGGAAAAUCAUAUAGAAAUUCGGCUGUCCCGAUCAAUUCAAUCGGAUGGUGCGUCAGUUCCACGACGGCAUGAUGGCGCGAGUAACGGACAACGGAGCUGUCUCAGAGGCAUUCUCAACGAUUAAUGGAGUGAUGCAGGGCCGCGUCCUCGCGCCCACCAUCCUCAGUAUCAUGUUUUCUUCCAUGCUGAUUGCGCCUACCAUGAUGAACACCCCGGGAUCCGCAUCGCCUAAAGUAUUCACGAUCACCUCCUCAAUCAGCGUCUGACGCACUUCCAGUCACGUGUAUUUACAACUUCCGUCCCGAAUUUAUGUUCGUCGAUGGCUGCACCCUCAAUGCAACUACUGAAGGAGACAUGCAAAGAAGCAUGGACCUCUUCGCUGCCGCCGCCGCCACCUGCGAGAACUUCAGUCUGGCCAUUCACACGGAGAUGACGUUAGUCAUACACCAAACGCCACCCAACACUAUCCGCUAUGCGCCGCAAAUCAUAGUGAACAGAGUCCAACUGUAAGUGGUGGACGACUUCACGUAUCUCAGCAGAGCCAUUUCACGCAACACCAAAAUCGACGUUGAAGCGGCUUGCCGGAUUUCGAAGGCCUUUCAAGCCUGCCGUCGUCUUCGAAACCCAGCUUGAAAUCGUCACGGUCUCCAGCUCCUCACGAAGCUGAAGAUGCAUAAGGUCUUCAUCCUCCCGAUUCUGCUGUACAGAUCAGAGACUUGGACAGUGUACACCAAGCAGGAACGCCGACUCAACCACUUCCACCUCAGUUGUCUUGGAGGCCCUCAUGUUCUCGGAUGACAUAAAAAUAUGGGGUGAAGUCAAGUGCGAUGAUGACGCAGAGAAGUUGCAGUCGAAAACAGACAAACUGUGUACUUAGUCGAACAGAUGGCUUUUGAAGUUUAACGUGUCCAAAUGCGUGGUCUUGUACCUGAACACCGGCCGCAAUGCCUCUCUCAAGCACCAGUACUAUAUUGACGGGACGAGGUUAGAAACGGGGGAAAGACACAGAGAUCUGGGUGUAUGGACGACCAUAAAUCUAUCGCCCUCAGAACACUGAAGGAAGAUGGUCCAGAAGGCAACUAGUACUCUACACUGGAUCAGACGUGCAUUUAAAAUAUUUCCUCCUUAACUCUUUGAAAGACUCUUUGGUGUCUUCGUAAGACCUCAUCUGGAGUAUGGAAUGCCAGCGGCUUCAUCAUGGAUGAGGAGAGAUAUCGACUUAUUCGAACGGGUGCAACGCAGAGCGACAAACAUGGUUGACGGUCUAAAGCAUUUGUCAUAUCAGGAGAGGCGGAAUUUGUUUGGCUUAUUCCCUCUCUCUUAUAGACAAAUAAACUGCAGUCAGCUUUGGACGUUUCGGAUUGUCCGCGGCCAGGGCUGCUCAUUAAGAGCAGAGGACUUCUUUCAGUUUGCCCGUAAAAACCAACUACGCGGCCAUGCCUUCAAAGUCGGGAAUGAGCACACGCGGUUAGACCGUCGAAAAUUUUCAUUCAGCCACCGGGUCGUCCGUCCGUGGAACUCGCUUCCAAGCGAGAUGGUGACGGCUGACACAAUUCGUUUGUUUAAAAGAAAACUUGCUCGUUUAGUUUUCGACAGAAAUCGGCUUUUACAGCAUGACUAUGUACAGCCCUUUUUGUAAAAAAACUCUCCGCACUAAUUUAGAGUGACCUUAUGCACUACCUUAUGCUUACGAUUGAACUGUGACUCGAUCACAUUGUAAAUGCCUGCAAUUUUAUUUUUGAGUACGAAUCUGCGAAAACACUGUGCAUAACUAGGGUCAUCAAGGGCUCUGCCUCUAACCCUCCAAAUAUAUACACACAUACCUCAGUUGUCUUCGCCAUAUACUGAAGCUGAGGUGACAGGACCGAAUCCCGGACACUGCUGUACUGGAACGGACGGGAAUCCUCAGCAUCUACGCCAUGUUAAACAAGUACAACUGCGUUAGAGCGGCUACCCAAACGACUCUUCUAUGGAGACGUCGCCAGGGGUUCCGCUGCCAAGGAGGCCAAAUUCGUCGAUAAAAGGAUAGCUGAAGUAGGCAAGAACGGCAGGAUUUAUUGGCACCAAAAAAUUUCGCGACUGCUCUUCAGCUGCUUCCUGUCGCUUCAUAAGAGGGAUAACGAGUGAGAACAAUACAACAGAUUUGAAUUCAUGCAGAAAAUCGAUGCAGAAACAACAAGGUUAGGGUUUUGGGCAAAGUUGGCUAAUCGAUAAAGUUAGUAACACAAACGCCGUAGGGGAAGAAAGUUAAAAAAGGAGUAAACGUUAAAGAGCAAAAAUGAGAGGAGAGAGUGGGAAUCAUGGAGCCAGAGGCUACCAUGGUAAUGUUAGGUUAACCACGUGCUCCAAUUGUUUACAAAGAUCUGGUUUCACUCGUCGUAUAUAGGCUGCCUCCAGGUAACGCAAUGUCCGAGUUGUUCGUGCCCGAACAAGUACUCGGAAGGAAGUUUUGGGGUCGACGGUGUGACCAGUAUCAAGUAGGUGUUUUGUAAUGGAUGAACGCGGGAUCUUAUUUUCUUGUCUAAGGAGCCACUUGGGCAGGUGCUCAAUGGAUCUGGCUGCCAACUGCCUUUGCGUUCGCCCAAUGUACUUGCAUCCGCAAGUGCAUGUGAAUUCAUAAACACAAUUUGACGUGGCGUGCAUUGGCAGGGCAUCCUUUGCCCGUGGAAUCGGAAGUGGCUUAGUAGGACUGCAAAAUACUAGUUCAGCUGCAUUGUAUGUCCUUUCAGUGGCAGAACGUAGCCGUCGUUUGAUAGUAUUUAAAACAUUGUCGCCCUUAAAGCACUGUACAUACGUCAAAUUGUGUUUAUGAAUUCACAUGCACUUGCGGAUGCAAGUACAUUGGGCGAACGCAAAGGCAGUUGGCAGCCAGAUCCAUUAAGCACCUGCCCAAGUGGCUCCUUAGACAAGAAAAUAAGAUCCCGCGUUCAUCCAUUACAAAACACCUACUUGAUACUGGUCACACCGUCGACCCCAAAACUUCCUUCCGAGUACUUGUUCGGGCACGAACAACUCGGACAUUGCGUUACCUGGAGGCAGCCUAUAUACGACGAGUGAAACCAGAUCUUUGUAAACAAUUGGAGCACGUGGUUAACCUAACAUUACCAUGGUAGCCUCUGGCUCCAUGAUUCCCCCUCUCUCCUCUCAUUUUUGCUCUUUAACGUUUACUCCUUUUUUAACUUUCUUCCCCUACGGCGUUUGUGUUACUAACUUUAUCGAUUAGCCAACUUUGCCCAAAACCCUAACCUUGUUGUUUCUGCAUCGAUUUUCUGCAUGAAUUCAAAUCUGUUGUAUUGUUCUCACUCGUUAUCCCUCUUAUGAAGCGACAGGAAGCAGCUGAAGAGCAGUCGCGAAAUUUUUUGGUGCCAAUAAAUCCUGCCGUUCUUGCCUACUUCAGCUUCGUACCGGGGACAAAAUGCUUCAGAUAAAAGGAUACUCUGAAGUCCUCAGUGAAGCGCCUGCAAAUCUAUCCGGCCAACUGGGAAGACCAUGCCUGAGUCCGACUCACAUGGAGGGGGACAAUGAAGACAAGUGCUGCGAUCUACCAAACCAACCGCAUUGCCUCCGCGAAAGCCAAAAGCGAAGCACGUAAGUCUCACCUGCGCUAACCCCGCAAUGCCAACGCACAACCGCCUCCAACGUGUCCACGGUGUUAAUUGGCAUUCCGGGCACCAAUUGGACUUGUUGGACAUCUUCGGAUCAACUGCACCAAUCGGACCGCACCAACUGCCGUCCUCCGUCCACCUCUUCCUCGUGCUCUACGCCGUCAACUAAUCCAGAUCGCCUUCCUGAAUCACCACCAUCCUCCCCUUCCUCCCCUCCUCUUUCUCCUCUUUCUUCUUGUUCUUGUUCUUGUUCUUCUUGUUCUUCUUCUUCUUCUUCUUCUUCUUCUGCUUCUUCUCCUCCGCCUCCUCCUCCGCCUUCUUCCUGCCUCCUCCUCCGCCUUCUCUCCGCCUCCUCCUUCGCUGACCCAACGACUGCCGUUAUGCCGCCUGACACGCACAUCAACGUGACCCACAAUGCUGACACAACAACAACCACCAACACCCCACAGUCGACACCAGCAGUGAGGACCUGAACUACUGCUGUCCUCACUGCGACCGCACCUUCACCUUGUUGCGGCUAAGCGGGGAUGGUGUACGCUCAGUACGCCACAACUUCAGGCCAUAUCCCAUGUUGGAAGAAGCGGGACGCCGGUUGAAGAGGAAAAUGAUUUAUUUGAACUGUACAGGAUAAUUAAGGGAAGGUGGAAACCGGACAAGAAUGCGUCCGGCGCCGCGGAGGCGGCGUCCGCGAGAACGACGAGCCGUGUGUCGCCGAAGGUCGCCGCUGCAAAAGUGUCGUGGCAGAUUGUUCACGCUAGUGUUCUGGGCUGUUUACACCUGUCUUACCAGUCAGCGAUGGUAGGUGCGUUGAUUGGCCCCAAGCCCACGCGAGGGUAGUGAGAUGCCUCGCAUGGUGCAGGUAAAGUAUCGACCAGAUGCGUGGUGCAGACAGCGAAUUGCGACGAGACAAACCGAAGUCGGGCAGACGUGCGUGUAAUAGCAGGAUGUCGCUAGGGCGAAGGUGCAGGAGCUAGCGAGAGGCGCGACGUUGCCACUGUGGCUGUCCACUACAACCUCACACAUCGACCUGAUCGGUCACUCGCGAAUCCAUUGCACAGUGACUGGCGAGCCAAUGCCUGAAGCACCCACAUGCACACACCGCAUCCACCUCCACUGCCCACAUUGCACUCGCACAUUCAUGCACCACAUGGACCUAUUCGGCCACAUGCGCAUCCUCGACUGCACCACACCACGACACUCACCCUCACCACCAUCCCACAGAACAUCAACAUCACCCACCGAAAACACCCAACUGCCACCACCCAAUCAAGUGGGAAGUGUGCGUCUCGACUCGAUCUCCACGCGGCUCCUAUCUCAUGGGUGACUCGAGCCAGAGAUUAUCCCGACGGCUCAAGCCCCGUGGAUUAGAUGGCUGAUGACUGACGCCCCAACUCAGUCCACGCAGUCCGUCCAGUUGUGUGUUUGUGAGUUGUGUGGAAUGGCGGACUAAUGGGCUAAAAGCCAGACUGAAACAGCUCCUUCUACGGCACUCUCACGCAUGUGAGAGAUACGCCGCUUGACUCGCGUUGUGCGAAAUCCUGGUGCUAGUGUUUGGGGGGUCAGGUCGUGCAUGUGGCGCGCGCAGACAAGGUCAAUAGACCAUAUCAGCCACCGCACCCAUUCCCCACUUCAGUCAGCCGACUGGCUCGGACAGUGGUUGUGGCAUGGGAAUGGGAAGGGAGAGUGAGUUCGGCGACUCAGUACAUUUUCCUCAUUAUAAACAAUCUGACGCGCUUGAAGAUCUCACAGUGGCUAAAAGCCGUGGCUUGGAAGGUUGCCAGCUGACGGGAUAACUUCGGCCUCACAGUCGCCAGUGUUGUUUGUGUGUGUCCUCCAAACGGGCCAUGUGUUAGAUGCACUGGACCAACAAGGGGGCCACAUCGGACUCUGGCAGGCGUUAUCUGUGCGCAGUAACAAAUGCCAACAUUUGCGGGGUGCGCUGGCGGACCCUGUUGUCCGCAUUCGUCGCACAACUGGACCACUGCCACCACCCCAUUACUCUGUGGUCAAAAUCCUGGUCAUUUGUGUGUGGACCAGGGGGUGUGGUGGAACGCCAAGGUGAGGAUCCGUCCGAGCCAUCCACCUGCGGCCUCCCUCGUCUCCGGUCUUCUUGAAUCUGUCUUGACAGCGGGCCGAGGCGGGGGAGGAGGAGAGAGUGUAGGUAGAUGCUACGCAAGUCUACUGGCACUAUAAACCCCUGCGCAAGUCACCGUGCCUGCUCCCACCUGCUUUGGGGCACACGGUGGACAUCGUCGAAAUCGACGGUCGAACUGUCGUGUGUGUGUGUGUGUGUGUGUGUGUGUGUGUGUGUGUGUGUGUGUGUGUGUGUGUGGGUGUAGGGGUGUCAGCGGUGGGUCCACGUGAUGGUCGUAGUGAUCGCUAACUUGCUUGCAGGUGAGACUACGUCUAGCGUCCAUUUGCUGGCACCUUACUCUCACCUGUGGCUCCACGUAGCUGGGCUCUGCUCAGCGGCCACACUCCGGGCAACCGUCUCGACCGGCGGGCUAAACCAGCUGAGGGUAUCCGUGCGUGCACCUGCACGCGCGGUACUGUGGUCUGCGCUGGCCGGAUGGAUCUUCGCGUCGACAUCGUCGAGACGAGGCUCUGUCUGGACCAUCGCAGGAGGCCACCAGGUAAGUUCCCCCGUCAGGUAAGUGCGUUUGCUUUGUUUCUUCCUUUUGUUUGUUGAAGUUCCGCGUCGUACGCUGCGCUUGCUGCCUGCCCUUUAUAUGCUAGUCUGUCUGUUAACAGCUAAACGACACCCUCUAUGCCUGCUGCGAUUGUCUGUCCGUCAGUCUAUGCCACUCUCUACUAAUAGCUAGGUGUUACGGUGCUUAACUUUGUUUGGUGCCCUCACUUUGUCUCUGACUGAUGACCGUGUCCGCUUGUCCACUCUAGUUCUAAGUCCCCUUGCGUAAGGUAGUGUGUAUGCUCUCUCCUACUUCACUCCAUCACAUCAUCACCUCACCACCAAGGUCCCAGGCUAAUUCGGGUCGUUCUCUCACUAACAAAAAGUCGUGGCCCAUAGUGGAGUCCGGCAGCCGUCUGGGAUAACCGGGCAGCCCUGUUCAGGGAUGCGUUGCCUGCCCCCGCGAGGGGGAGGGGGCUAGAAAAGGUGCCCUAAAGAUCGCUGGGAACCACGCUGUCUGUAGGCUGGCCGUGGUCGCAGACAAAAAACACACGGUCGAAACAGCCAAAACCGAAACAACAACAACAACAACAACAACAAUCACUCUCUUCCUCUUCCAGCCUAUUCUUCUUCUUCUCCUACUCCUACUUUUCGCCGCCGCAGUCGCCAGACUGGUAGGGUGAGCCAGCUCACUCUGGCAGCCUGGAAUGUUCGUUCCCUUUUAGACAAUCCGAGGAGCAACCGACCGGAACGGAGGACGGCGCUAGUGACACGAGAACUGGCGCGCUACAAGGUGGACAUCGCCGCACUCAGCGAGACCCGAUUCUUCGAACAAGGCCAACUGGAGGAGGUGGGUGCCGGUAACACCUUCUUCUGGAGUGGUCGACCCAGGGCAGAGCGACGAGAUGCGGGUGUCGCCUUCGCCAUCCGGACCGACAUCGUGGGACGACUGCCCUGUUUGCCGCAGGGAAUCAACGACCGCCUAAUGAGCCUCCGUCUGCCCCUCCGGCGAGGAGGCAAGUUCGCCACCAUCAUCAGCGCCUACGCUCCGCCGAUGAGCAGCCCCGACGCCGUCAAAGACAAAUUCUACGAGGACCUGCACGCCCUCUUGGCGACUGUGUCGAAGGCGGACAAGUUGAUUGUCCUUGGCGACUUCAACGCCCGCGUCGGCACAGACCAUACUGCCUGGAGGGGAGUGCUGGGCCCCCACGGUCUCCGCGGCUCAAACGACAAUGGUCUGCUACUGCUUCGCGCCUGCGCAGAACACCGCCUCAUCCUGACGAACACGUUCUUCUGUCUGCCGGAGCGAGAGAAGGCCACCUGGAGGCAUCCUCGGUCGCGUCAGUGGUACCUGCUGGACUAUGUCCCCGUCCGGAGGCGAGAUCAGCGGGACGUGCCGGUGACCAAGGCGAUCGCGGGAGCUGACGGGUGGACCCACAUCGCCUCGUCAUCUCGAAGAUGCGUAUUCGCCUACAGCCUCGCAGGAGACCACAAGGUAAGCGACCCCCAGGUAAGCUGAAUGUUGCUUUGUUGUCUUUGCCUGCUCACCGUCUCCAUUUCAGCACUGACCUAGCUCAACGGCUAGACAACCUUCCUAUCGCCGCCGCCGCCGACGACGCCGCCGCCGAUGCCGAGAACACCUCCGUGGAGAACCACUAGUGUCAACUGCGAGACACGGUCCAGUCGACGGCGCUCGCCGUCCUCGGUCGCGCUCCCCGCCAACACCAGGACUGGUUCGACGACAACGACUCCGCCAUCAGAAAUCUGCUUGCUGAGAAGAAUCGCCUCCACAAAGCCUACGUAGAUCACCCCACUGAGGACAACAAAGCUGCCUUCUACCGCAGUCGCCGACAGCUUCAGCAACGACUGCGCGAGAUGCAGGACGCCUGGACUGCUCGCAAAGCUGAGGAGAUCCAAGGCUACGCGGACCGCAACGAAUGGAAGAACUUCUUCUCCGCGAUCAAAGCUGUCUACGUUCCACCGACGAAGGGCACCGCUCCUCUCCUCAGCGCCGACGACAGCACUCUCCUGACUGAGAAGACGCAAAUCCUACAGCGAUGGGCCGAGCAUUUCUAGGGCGUCCUCAACCGCCCUUCCGUCAUCUCCGACGCCGCCAUCGCCCGCUUGCCGCAAGUGGAGACCAACGUGGACCUCGACCCUCCGCCAUCUCUCCAGGAGACCAUCAGGGCCGUGCAGCAACUCUCCAACGGGAAAGCACCCGGAUCGGACGCAAUCCCUGCUGAGGUCUACAAGCACGGAGGUCCCCUACUGAUGGAUCACCUGAUUGCGCUCUUCCAGGAGAUGUGGUGUCAAGGUGAAGUCCCGCAAGAUUUCAAGGACGCAACCAUCGUGCACCUAUACAAGCGCAAAGGGAAUCGCCAAGUCUGCGACAACCACCGCGGCAUGUCCCUACUGAACAUCGCCGGGAAGAUCUUCGCUCGCAUCCUGCUCAACCGCCUCAACAACCAUCUGGAACAGGACCUUCUGCCGGAAAGCCAAUGCGGCUUCCGUCGUCAUCGUGGGACCACGGAUAUGAUCUUCGCAGCCCGCCAACUUCAGGAGAAGUGCCAGGAGAUGCAGACCCACCUGUACUCUACCUUCGUGGACCUGACGAAAGCCUUCGACAUGGUGAAUCGUGAAGGACUGUGGAAAAUCAUGCAGAAAUUCGGCUGUCAAGAGCGAUUCACUCAGAUGGUGCGUCAGCUGCACGACGGUAUGAUGGCGCGAGUCAGGGACAACGAAGCUGUCUCAGAGGCAUUCGCAGUGACCAACGGAGUGAAGCAGGGCUGUGUGCUGGCACCAACCCUCUUCAGUCUUAUGUUCUCUGCCAUGCUGAUGGACGCCUACCGCGACGAACGCCCUGGAAUCCGCAUCGCCUACAGAACGGACGGUCAUCUCCUGAAUCAACGGCACAUGAACUUCCAAUCGCGCGUAUCCACAACCACCGUGCACGAACUCCUCUUCGCCGACGACUGCCCCCUGAACACCACCUCCGAAGCGGAGAUGCAACGCAGCAUGGACAUUAACACGCAGAAGACGGUGGUGAUGCACCAACCGCCGCCCAACUCAGCCACAGCCCCCAACGCGCCGCCGCAAAUCAGCGUGAACGGAAAUCAACUGCAAGUGGUGGAGAACUUCCCGUAUCUGGGCAGUACCCUCUCCCGCAACACCAAGAUUGAUGACGAAGUCGCCAACAGGAUCUGGAAAGGCAGUCAAGCCUUCGGUCGUCUCCGAAGCACAGUUUGGAAUCGCCACGGUCUCCAACUGAGCACGAAACUAAAGAUGUACAAGGCCGUCAUCCUGCCGACGUUACUGUACGGAGCAGAGACAUGGACGGUGUACACGAGACAGGCACGCCGACUGAACCACUUCCACCUCAGUUGUCUCCGUCGCAUCCUGAGGCUGAACUGGCAGGAUCGAAUCCCCGACACGGAAGUACUGGAACGAACGGGAAUCCUCAGCAUCUACGCCAUACUGAGACAAAUGCAGCUGCGCUGGAGCGGCCACCUGGUGCGCAUGGACGACGAGCGACUACCCAAACGACUCUUCUACGGAGACGUCGCGACGGGUUCUCGUCGUCAAGGAGGCCAAAUUCGCCGUUACAAGGAUACUCUGAAGUCCUCCCUGAAGCGCCUGCAAAUCAACCCGACCAACUGGGAAGAGCUCGCUCGCGAUCGUCCGACAUGGAGGAGAACAGUGAAGACGGGCGCUGCUAUCUAUGAAGCCAACCGAAUCGCCGCCGCCAAAGCGAAACGCGAAGCCCGCAAAUCACAACUUCGCCCAGUCCGCAGCGCCGCCGCACAACCUCCACCUACGUGUCCUCGAUGUCAACGGACAUUCCGGACACGAAUCGGACUUGUUGGACAUCUCCGAACCAACUGCACCUCUCGAACUGCUCCAGCCAUCUUCCCCCAGCCCGCCGUUUCCUCGUCCUCUGUGUCGCCAACUAACUCUGACACUCCUUCUGCACCACCACUUCCAUCCUCCUCCUUCUCCUCCACUGCCCCAGCGGCGGCCGUUCAGACUGCUGUCUCACACAUCACCAACACCAACACACCAACCAACAUCACCUCUCCCACCUCUCCCGAUUCCAGUGAUGAGGAUCAGGACUACACCUGCCCUCACUGUGACCGCACCCUCACCUCUCGCAUCGGCCUGAUCGGUCACUUGCGAAUCCAUCGCACAGAGACUGGUGAACCAGUGCCUGGAGCACCAACCUACACCCACCGCACUCGCCUCCACUGCCCACACUGCCCUCGCACCUUCACGCAUCGCAUGGGUCUAUUCGGCCACAUGCGCAUCCAAGAGAGCGGAAUUGACCGCAGCCUUGACACAUCCACCCCGCCGAGCCCCACUUCCAAUCCACCACCUUGUGCACCCACUAACCACUCCCAAACCGACAUCGACGCCACCGACCUUACCACCUCCCACUCCUCCCCUUCCUCCUCUUCCUCAAUCACUGCCACAACGACGGCCGCUUCGGCGUCUGUCGCCCACGACUUCACCACAGCCGAACCUGACACAACAACAGGCACAACCCCUGCAACCUCCAUCAUCAGACGUGAGGGCCAGGACUACCUCUGCCCUCACUGCGAUCGCACCUUCACCUCACGCAUCGGCCUGGUCGGUCACUUGCGAAUCCAUCGCACAGAGACUGGCGAACCAGUGCCUGGAGCACCAACCUACACCCACCGCACUCGCCUCCACCGCCCACACUGCCCUCGCACCUUCAGGCAUCGCAUGGGUCUAUUCGGCCACAUGCGCAUCCACGAGAGCGGAAUUGACCACAAUUCCGAUACAGCCACGACAUCCAACACAUUCACCACGUCCAGACCAAUCCUCGCUCCACCGUCACACGCGCCAUUAACCACCACCGCCACCACCACUAACACCACUGCUUCCUCAACAGCUGACACCGACACCGCCGACCUCUCAUGCCCAAAUUGUCCACGCACCUUCACCUCACGCAUCGGCCUGGUCGGUCACUUGCGAAUCCAUCGCACAGAGACUGGCGAACCAGUGCCUGGAGCACCAACCUACACCCACCGCUUUCGCCUCCACUGCCCACACUGCCGUCGCACCUUCACGCAUCGCAUGGGUCUAUUCGGCCACAUGCGCAUCCACGACGACCUACGGUAG